AUGUCAGACACAACAGAUGUACCAUCAACUACUAGCUCCCCAGUUGAACAAGUCAAGUCUUUAAAGAGACAAAAGCCAACUGCUGAAGAAAUCGAGGAAAGAAGAAAAUUAAGACGCCUUGAAGUUGUUCCAGAGGGAAUGUCAAGAAAAGAAUGGAAAAGACAACAAAAGAAACAAAGAUGGAUUGAUACUAAAAGUGAACAUCUUGAAGUUCAACGUGAAAAGAAACGUCUUGCUAGACAAAGAAAACGUGAAAGAUUAAAUGCUGAUGAAGAAUUACGUGAAGCUCGACGUAAACCAAGUAAACAAAUUCCAACUGAUGUUUCUAUAAUUAUUGAUUGUGAUUUUGAUGAUUUAAUGUUGGAUGGAGAAAUUGUUUCUUUAUCAAAUCAAAUUAAAUCAUGUUAUGCUGCCAUGAGACGUUGUCGUUAUGAACUUCCAAUCACUGUUACUUCAUUCAACAAACGUCUUAAGGAACGUUUUGAAACUGGAUUGGGUGAAUAUACAUUAUGGACUGGAAACCUUAAAUUUACUGAUAAAUCCCUAACAGAAGUGGCAGAUAAAGAACAAUUAGUUUACCUUACAGCAGAUACUGAUGAAGAAAUUACAAAAUUAGAACCAAACCAUACUUAUGUCAUUGGUGGAAUUGUUGAUAAGAAUAGACACAAGAGUCUUUGUUAUAAUAAAGCAAAGGAGUUGGGUAUUAAAGUUGCAAGAUUACCAAUUGGGAAAUAUAUCGAAGUCAAUGGUAGACACGUAUUAGUUACAUCCCAUGUUUAUGAAUUACUUUGUAAGUGGUAUGAAAGUGAUGGUAAUUGGGAAGAUGCAUUCAAUAAAGUAUUACCUCCAAGAAAACUCAAACCAAAGGGUGAAAGCAAGAGUGCCACUCCUCUGGAUGAUAUAACUGAAAACAAAUCCACCGAAACAGAAGAACCCGAAGAGAAGGAAUCCACUGAAGAGAAGGAAUCCACUGAAGAGAAGGAAUCCACUGAAGAGAAGGAGACCACUGAAGAACAAAAGGAGUAA